AGCAGGAGAGGCAGGGAGGGAAGACAUCGCCAGGUUAGCUGCUAAGCUAAUGCUAACGCUAAUAGAACUAUUCGAUGGAGAAUUCCCAUACUUAAUACGUCAUCAUUCACACGCUGGUAGCAGCUACCAUCAGUGAUUAACAUACAGAACGUGCCCGUCUAUCGGCUGAAUUUGUCUGGGCUGGACUCCGCGAUAAGCGGGUUUUCCAUUGGAUGGGUGGAACGCGCUCGUUUGUCGUGGGCGGAGCUUGUGCCAAAAUCUUUGGCAGAAAAAUAUUUAGCAGGAUCCGUCAUUCGGUCCCCCAUCCGUCGAGUCCAACGAGUGCAUGAUGUUCGUGAUAGCUUUACGUCUCCUGACUAUGUUCCAGUUGGCGGACCUGGUCACAGGAGCCUCCCCGGCCGUGUGCCCGAUCCCGCUGAUCGAGGCGGUGGAAGGAGACAACGUCACGCUGCCAUGUCACCUGUAUCCCGAGGUCAACGCGGAGGGUCACACGUUCGACUGGAAGAGGGACGGCCUCGAGAAAUGGGUCUUCGUUUAUCGGGAUAAGAAGCCAGUUGAAGACGACCAGAGGGACGAGUACAAGAACCGGACGCGCGUCGACCCGAUGGGGCUGGAGAGAGGAAACAUGUCGCUGCUCAUCUUCCCGGUGAAGCUGUCCGACUCUGGAUCGUACAAAUGUUUUAAUGCGAAGAUGAAUUCCUUCUGCUACGCAAACCUCUCUGUUGUCCCAAAGGACCAAACAAAGAGUCGUGAUUCCACUACAAAUGUCCCUCCAAUGUCAGAAGACCCUGGUGCUGAGAAGAAGACGGAAGUCUGGAUUGUUGGUUCUGUCCUCGGUGUCCUCGUUGUCCUCGGUGUCCUCGUUGUUGUUGUCGUUGUUGUUCUUGUGAGGAAAUAUAAAGUAGUAGACAUUUGGAGGAACUUCAGAGGAAGGAGGCCAAACAACGAUGAACCGGUAACCGCGGUGACGGGGCCGAGGGAGCUGGGACAAGACGCUCUCGCAGCCGAAGAAGCUUCCAUCGAGUUGAUGGUCAACAACAACAACAACAACAACAACCACCAAUCCGGAAAAUCCUCCGAGGUUUAUUAAUGAUGAUUGUAUUCCUCUGUUUGAUUAGAAAAACUAAAUUC